GAUGUUUUUCCUGACAAAGCAACACAAAGGAAAAUUCUUUCUUUUGCAAUCAAAUGUCCAAGUGAAGGCUGUGAAUGGACUGGAGAACUUAGGGAAAAAGAGGUUCACCUGUCUUCUUGUCCUUGUAAAGUUAUCCCAUGUUGUAACGAAAACUGUUUCGUGAGAGUUCAGAGACGACACCUUUCCCACCACUUGGGCGUCACAUGUGAGUGGAGAAUUAUCAAAUGCGAUCACUGUAGUGAAUCACAACCACGGUGUCAAAUGCAGGAUCAUAUUCACCAGUGCAGUAAGUUCCCAGUAACUUGUCCGAACAAAUGCAGCUGCUUAGUUCCCAGGGGAAAAGUUUCAAAUCACCUUGAGGACGAUUGUCCAUUGUCAAAAAUUCCUUGCCCACAUGUCCGUAUAGGAUGCAAAACGGAGGUUCGACGAAAAGAAGUGGACUCUCAUCUUCAGGAUUUUAUGAAAAUCCAUCUUGACUUGGCUUGUAUGAAGUUAAGAGAUACAGAAGAUGAGUUGAAGAAAACUCAAGAUAAGUUAAAUGACACACAGGAAACUACAAAAACUUUGACAAAGAAACUUGAGACACUUCAGGGACGGUUUGAAACAAGCACAGUGAUGAUAAAAAGUGAAUCUUCCACAUAUCCCUGGUGGUUUGUUUGGAAACUUAAUGAUUUUAGUAACAUUCUGAGACAAGCGAAAGCUGCAGAAAGGAAGUCAAUUGAGAGUGACCCAUUCUAUACCGAAAUCUGUGGCUACAAGCUAAAAUUAAGAAUUCACCCCAAUGGUCUUAGAUCUGGUAAGAACAAUUACCUAUCAGUUUUCUUCGCUAUAAUGAAAGGUGAAUACGAUGCGAUAUUAAACUGGCCUUUUAAGAGGAAGGUGAAAUUCACACUGAUUGAUCAACAGGAUGAUCCAGACAAACGAAGAAACAUUACUAUGGUGAUAAAAAAAUCGGAUAACUUAAAUGGCUAUGAAAGGCCUAAAGUUGAAAAUUCAGGUCGGGGGCUUUGCAAUUUUAUAUCUCACAAGACACUUUAUUCAAGGAGGUACCUUGUAGAUGACACGCUGUUUAUUCGGUUUGAAAUUGGUCCGGCUCAAAAGGUGACUUUUCCUUCUUAUUUAGUUAGUGAUGAAUCUGACUGAUCGGUGACUGAUAGAUGCCAUCAUUUUCAGUAUAGUGCAUUACAGCACUCUAAUGAUUGAUUCAGUAUGGCUUUUCUCCACCGCAUCAAAAUUGACAUACUUUUUGUGCCGUGAAAAAGGCAAAAUUUUUAAGGUUUUUUGAAUAAACAAGAACGAAUUCGAAGGAUGAAGUCUAAGUUACCCAGCCUGCCUGUAACGCGAUCAGGAUCGUUGAUCAUUAUAAUUAACCCAUGGGUAGACAACUUUUUUAUCAGUUGACACCUAAAGAAAGCCAUGGAAAUAUGGAGUUAUGUUAGACAUUUAUUUCUCUCUCUUUCUCUCUCGAUCGGUCAAAAGAUGUUUUGAACAGCUUGUAGGGGAAAUAAACCCCCAUACUUCAGUUCUUUCACAUUAAUUUUUAUCUUGCCACUUUCAGUUCAGUUUUCUAAAUGCAUCAGACUGGAAUCCAGGAGCUUACGUCCGUUUAUUCACCAGACAGCGCUUUUAUUAACGAUGAUUUCUUUUCUUGUGAAGAGGAGUUUUUAAUACUGCUAAGAAUUGUUAGUUAGCGUGAUUUUAAGUUGACGUUGGCAUUUAUGUUGUUUUUAUCAGAUAAGUGUCAUAACAGGUCAGUAUGGAAUUCGUUAAAUAAAACAUUCAAAUUAUCUUUCAA